AUGACCAAGCUUGUGCAGUCUCUGUCUUCUGGCUGGUCCUUCAAGGACCGGGACACCGAGGAAUGGCUGCCAGUGGCUACAGUCCCGUCCGUUGUACAGCAGGAUCUCAUUGAUAACAAGAAGCUCGAUGAUCCUUACAUCGGAUUCAAGGAAUUGGAUGCCCGCUGGGUUAACGAAAAGUCAUGGGUUUACCGAAAUAAGUUUGAGAAGCCAUCUGCUCCAGCUGGAUCAUCCAUAGUGCUUGUGUUUGAUGGCUUGGAUACCUUUGCCAAGGUCAAGCUGGAUGGACAGGUGAUCUUGGAGAGUGAUAACAUGUUUCUGGGUCACCGGGUGGAUGUCACUAAAGCAUUGGAAGCAGAGGGUGAGCAUACGCUUGAGGUUGAGUUCGACUGCGCACUUCUCAAGGCGCGCGAACUCCGGGCUCAGGACACCAAGCAUAAAUGGGUUGGGUUCAACGGUGAUCCCGCACGCAUGGCUGUGCGGAAAGCUCAAUAUCACUGGGGUUGGGACUGGGGCCCAGUGCUGAUGACUGCUGGCAUCUGGCGGGCCGUACGCUUCGAAGUGUAUGAAGCUCGUGUGUCUAAUUUGUGGCCCCAAACCAAGUUGUCUGCAGACCAUCAAACAGCUGAGGUGACAGCAGUCAUCGAAGUGGAGAGCGUUGUUGAUGGAGAAUAUACCGCCGAGCUUAGCUUAAGCUUACGAGGUAACGAGAUUGCACGCCAGUCUAUUUCAGUGUCUGGAAAGACCGCCCAGGUGACCUUCCCUGUCGAGCAGCCGGCUCUGUGGUGGCCCCAUGGAUACGGCGAGCAGACUCAGUACGAGGUUUCAGUGUCGCUGCGUCGCAAUGAUGAAGAAGUUGACCACACCUCUAAGAAGUUUGGUAUCCGGACCGCAGAGGUGAUUCAACAACCCGAUAAGCAUGGCAAAUCCUUUUUCUUCCGAAUCAAUGGUAUGGACAUUUUCUGUGGCGGCUCGUGCUGGAUUCCGGCAGAUAGUCUGCUUCCUGCCAUCAGUGCCGAGCGAUACCGCAAGUGGAUUGAGCUCAUGGUUGCUGGCAGACAAGUGAUGAUCCGCGUCUGGGGUGGUGGUAUCUAUGAAGACGACGCCUUCUACGAGGCAUGCGACGAGCUUGGAGUGCUUGUUUGGCAAGAUUUCAUGUUUGGAUGUGGAAACUAUCCCACAUGGCCCGAGAUGCUCGAGUCUGUCCGCCAAGAGACUGUUUACAAUCUGCAACGUAUGCGCCACCAUCCAUCGAUCGUGCUCUAUGCUGGCAACAACGAGGACUAUCAAGUUGCCGAGUCCGAGGGCUUGACCUACAACUACGAGGAUAAAGACCCAGAGAGCUGGCUAGCCACAGAUUUCCCGGCGAGGUAUAUCUAUGAGAAGCUGCUCCCAGAGGUGGUGGCUGAGAACUCCCCCGACACGUUCUACCACCCGGGAAGUCCCUGGGGAGAUGGCAAGAUAUCAUCGGAUACCACAGUUGGUGAUAUGCACCAGUGGAACGUCUGGCACGGAACACAGGAGAAAUAUCAAAUCUUCGAUACUCUCGGUGGCCGAUUUAACAGCGAAUUUGGAAUGGAGGCCUUCCCCCACAUCUCCACAAUUGACUACUUUGUCGAGAAUCCAGAGGACAAAUUCCCUCAAUCCCACGUUAUUGACUUCCACAACAAGGCCGACGGGCAUGAACGAAGACUAGCAACAUACCUAGUUGAGAAUCUCCGGACCGCGACAGAUCUCGAGACCUAUAUCUAUCUCACCCAGGUUGUACAAGCAGAGACUAUGAUGUUCGGCUACCGAGGCUGGCGCCGACAAUGGGGCGACGAGCGACACUGUGGUGGUGCACUACUCUGGCAGCUGAACGACUGCUGGCCGACAAUCUCAUGGGCCAUUGUGGACUAUUUCCUCAAGCCUAAGCCAGCCUACUAUGCAGUGAAGCGUGUUUUGAAUCCGAUAGCCGUUGGCGUACGACGCGAGCACCACGACUGGAGCGUGGCACACGCGCAGCCACCCAAGGCCAGUAAGUACGAGCUUUGGAUCGCCAGCAAUAAACCAGAAACAGUCCAAGGCAGUGUUGAGCUGCGAUUCCUAUCAGUCAACACAGGCCGGGAUAUUCGCGCGCCGAUUGUGCGCGAUAACAUCACCAUCACUGCAAAUGGAACCACAGACAUCAUCACUGAUGGGGUUCUCGACCACAUCGCCGAACCCGAGCCGCAUGUUCUCGCUGCCCGGCUGUGGGUAAACAACCAGGUCGUAGCCCGAGAUGUCGACUGGCCACAACCAUUCAAGUAUCUCAAUUUGUCAGAGCGACAGCUGGAUGUUAGACGUCAGUCUGGGAAAUCGGGAGAGACACUGUUGGUGAUCAACGCCCGGAAGCCAGUCAAGUGUCUUGUUUUCGAGGAGCAAGAGGGUGUCCACCUUGCGGACAACGCUAUUGAUAUUGUCCCAGGUGAUGAGCAGACUGUCACAGUGACUGGUCUUGGAGACAAGCCUCUAAGGUACCGAUACCUCGGCCAAGAAUCCGUUGGAGUUGUUCAAUAA